AUGUCGACAACUGCGCCGGGCAAGCAACAUGCCCGCCACAGAUCGAACUUUUCUUCUAGACCUCGGUCGGGUCCAGUGCCCGGGUCGCCGUCGAGAAAGUCUUACAGUGAGCAUAGUACAGAGGGAAGCAGCCCGGUAGCUUUCGGGGACCGGUCUCACCCCAACCGUCGAUCCCGGGCCAGUUCUACCUCCAGUCAACCGGCAGCGAGGACUCCGGCGAGAUCUUUCUACCAUCGUUCGUUCCAUGGCCAGCUAGAUCCUGCUCAAUACUCUUCUUCGGCCGAACUACGGGAUCAGACUGCGGAAUUGGCUUCGUUCGCACUCUCCGACAACCUCUCCCAUCCGGGGAGCCCUUCACGAAGCCCCUCUCCGGAUCCCGAAGAUGACCAUCACCCCGAUGCCAUUCAGGAAGUGUCUGAGCCUGUGUCACGAGACGGUUCGGACCACGAUACGACCCCUACUAGCGAGCCUCGCCUUUCUGAACUGAGCAUGAUGAUUGAAAACUCUUCACAUCAAGAAGCGCCUCAUGAGAAUGGACAGAAUGGGAAGAUACCAUCAGACCGUCGAGCCACCUCCACAAGGCCAAGAUCAGAAGAUUCGAGUGAGCGGACGCCCCUUUUGGGAGACCGCAAAGCUUCGAUACAGUUUGGUGCAUUGGACGACAUUGAGCGACAAUAUCCGGGCAACGUUCAAGGUCUCCGGCAGAAAUUGAGAGCAACGGCGGGACGGGCCCGGUCGUGCGCUUAUGUCGUCUCACACCCGAAGACAUGGAGCCCGCGUGCCGUAUAUCGAGAGGUCGUUGUGCAUCCGGCAAGUCUCCUGCCGGCCGUUUUCCUAGGUUUACUUCUCAACAUCCUCGAUGCGCUCUCGUACGGAAUGAUAUUGUUUCCGUUGGGCAACCAGAUUUUCGAUAAUCUGGGCUCGGAUGGCAUAUCCAUGUUUUAUGUCAGCACAAUAGUGGCCCAAGUCGUGUAUUCGUCUGGAGGGUCUGUAUUUCGUGGUGGAAUUGGAUCCGAGAUGAUCGAAGUGGUCCCGUUCUUCCACAAAAUGGCCUUUACAAUCCUCAACAAGGUUGGAGAAGACGAUCCGAAAUCGGUCCUGGCCACGACGAUCCUCUCAUUUGCUGUCAGCGCUGUCCUCACAGGGGUGGUUUUCUUCCUGAUGGGAGCCUGCGGAUUAGGGUCUCUCAUUGGAUUCUUUCCUCGCCAUAUUCUGCUGGGCUGCAUCGGAGGUGUCGGCUGGUUUCUUGUUGCCACGGGCAUCGAGGUUUCUGCUCGCCUCCCUGGCAAUUUGGAGUAUAAUCUUGAUACUCUGAAAGAGCUGGUUCGAGGCGACACCAUUCUGCUUUGGAUCAUUCCACUAAUGCUUGCCAUCAUUCUUAACAUUGUGCAGCGAUUUGUGAAAUCAAACCUGUUGGUCGGUGGCUAUUUUUUGUCGGUCGGACUGAUCUUUUACUUUUUCAAGUUUGCCCUGGACAUUCCCAUGGAAACCUUCCAUUCGCGAGGCUGGGUCUUCGAUUCACCACCGGCCGAGAAUCCAUGGUAUCACUUCUAUACCCUAUAUGACUUCAAGGCGGUUCAUUGGGGAGCUCUGGCCGAUACCAUACCGGCCAUGUUCGCCUUGACCUUUUUCGGGGUGUUGCAUGUUCCCAUCAACGUGCCGGCGCUCGGCAUCUCCACCGGCGAAGACAACCUCAACGUGGACCGUGAACUUCUUGCUCACGGUGUGUCCAAUUGUCUGAGCGGCUUAUGCGGCAGUGUGCAGAACUACCUGGUAUAUACAAACAGUCUGCUCUUCAUGGACAGUGGCGGCAACGAUCGUCUGGCAGGCUUAAUGCUUGCCGUGGCUACGUUUGGCAUCAUGCUGGUCGGUCCAGUGAUAAUCGGUUUCAUUCCUAUCAUGGUUGUUGGGGCUCUCAUUUUCUUGCUCGGUAUCGAGCUUCUGGAGGAAGCCCUUGUUGGGACCUGGGGCAGGGUCCACAAGCUUGAAUAUGCCACGAUUGUCAUCAUCGUCGUCACAAUGGGAGUAUGGGACUUUGUGACUGGUAUACUAGUUGGCAUACUGCUCGCAGCUUUGAGUUUUGUCCUUCAAGCUUCGCGCCGAACCGCCAUCAGGGCUGAGUAUUCUGGUGCGGUUGCGAAAUCGUUGGUCCGCCGACCACCGGUACAGCUGAACUUUUUGAAAGAGACGGGUCACCAGAUUUUCUUGCUCAAGCUGGCGGGAUAUUUGUUCUUUGGGACUAUCGUUGGAGUGGAAAAUCGGAUUCGGGCUUUGCUCGCGGACGAUUCCUUCCGCGACCGACCCCUCAGGUUUUUGGUCUUGGAUAUGGCCCAGAUCAAUGGCGUUGACUUCUCCGCUGCCGAGGCCUUCACACGCAUCAAUCGCCUCCUCCAGCAACGGGGGGUUGAGUUCAUCGUGAGCAGUCUGGAUGUGGAUGGCGAGAUUGGGCAAGCUCUUCAGAAUGUCGGCCUUUUCGCAGCGGAGUCGAAUGUGGCCAUCUUUCCCAACCUCAACGUCGCACUGGAGCACUGUGAGAACGAAUUAUUGACGGCACUCUACCGGCAACAGGAGCAUCGAAAGACCAAGCGACUGUCGACUCUAGAUGUUCCUCGCAAUCGCCACCGCAGCCAGGACCUCUCCCAGUCCUACAAGGCUGAAUUCAUGGGGAGCUCGCCACGCCGAAGGUUCCUCCAUGAAGUCGCCGAGACUGCGCUGAAUGAAGAUCCCUCCAGCACGAGCAAAUGGCAGACUUUCAAGCAGCCGUUGCCGUUGUUGCUCCAGAUCUUCGCGGAUCUGAGUGACAAGAACGAAGACUUUUGGUAUCGCGCGACGCAGUACUUUGAGAAGGUGCAUUACCCCUCCGGAUCCAUCCUCUUCAAUAUCGGUGACCGGCCCAAUGGCUUCUAUAUCCUCGAGGAAGGCAUCCUACGUGCCGAUUAUGACUUACCACAAGGCAAAUUCUCCGAACUCAUUGUCGCCGGCAGGCCGUGCGGAGAGUUGCCCUUCUUUUCGCAGACGCCGCGUACAGCGACCAUGGUGGCAGAGAAGGAUUGUGUCACUUGGCAACUGGAUGGGAAGAGGUGGCAAGAAAUGCAGGCACAAGAUGCCGACGUGGCUCAAGAGUUGUUGGUCAUCACCUUGAAGUUGACGAAGGAGAGGAUGGACGCGAUUACGUCUUAUGUCUUGACCAUGGCGAGCUGA